AGACAUCAGACAAUUCAUCAGACAUACAAUUAUGUACAAACUAUUGUGAUAAAGGAGAUCGUCUAACAAAGACUAAAUUAAAGAUAAAAAUAGAGAUGACACAAGUUAAUAAAUCAAGAAUAAUUUUUUUUUACUUUAAUAUUUGACAUUUUCGGGUACCGGUAAUGCAGUUGGCGAUGAUUGUGUUUCGUUUAUCAUCCGCAUCUUUGCGCUUCUGUAGCCACAUGUUGGAUUCUAACCUCUGAAAGAAAAGAACUGUUUAUAUGCCGGAAUAAUUUAAGAGCUAUAUUUUGUUAAUAUUUUCAAAAGAUGACGACUAAUGAAAACGCAACGUGUAUGGAAGAUAUAUUAAACGGCAAUGCAGCACCGACACAAAAUAAAGAUAUAUCAAAAUCGCCUGAACUUGAGAAACGCGAGAAACAAUAUAUUCCACGAGGCAAACCAAAAUCUGGUAGGAUAUGGAAGGAAGAAAAAACGAAAUUUUCAUCUAUAAUUAAAACACGUGGAAUUCGACUCUCGUUCGCUAAGAAACAAAAAUUGAGAGAAGAUUUGAAACGUGUUAAAGAGAUGUCACGAGCGAUUAAGGCUGAAAAGCAGGCACAGAAGGAGGCUAAGAAGCAACGGAGGAGAGAAAACUUGAAGAGAGCAGAAGAGAAUAGAAAAAAGAGCGAAAUUGUGCAAGUUAUUACGAAUACUACAAAACUCAAAAGAAUGAAAAAGAAACAGUUAAGAAUGAUUGAGAAAAGAGACACAAUUAAAAAAUAACUUUAAAUAGAAAAUAGGAUAUAUAAAUAGAAAGGAAUGCAUAACAUUAUGUUAUUUGUUAAUCAUUUUUAAUAAAAAUGCUCUUUCAUUCAGCGU